AUGAAACGAAAGAAAUUGCAAGAAUUAAUUCGCAGAGGUACUCCUGCAGAUUUGGAAGAAGCAAAUGAAUUAAUGAAAGUUAUGGCCGGCUAUGACCCAGAAGUAAAGCCUGAUUAUAAAAAGCAAGCUGGUGAAGAAUUAGAGCGAAUUCAACGAAAGGCAAUACUUCUGAAUGAUAUGCUUAAUAAUGUCAAACCUGGUGAAGUUAUUGGUGAAGGAGAUAUAUUUGAGGAAUUGUCACAAGCUUGUAAGGCAGUACAACCCAAAAUUCAAAAAUUUAUUUCAGAAGAAGAAGAUUCUGAAAGUAUUGUUCUGAAGAAAUAUCAAAACAUUCUAAAUGGGGUAUUUAAUGAUCCUAAUGAUGAAUUGCCUCCGCCUCCGCCACCUUCCACAACCCAGCCAGAGUCAUCAUGGUUGAUUGAUUUAGGAGAUCCUGAACCUCAGAAAGGUCAAAUCCAAAUUACCGGUGAUCUGAUUGAUGCAAGUGGUGGAUCUUCUAAUAAUAAUGACCAACCAAAGACAGAUGAAGUAAAAGUAAUUGUCGUGGCUACUUUGUCAUGUCGAAGAUCUAAAGUUUUAAUUUUCUUUUACUAUUAUUUAGAAAGUGGUUGUAGCGUUUAUAAAAUUGAAAGAAGAAAAUCUAAUACUAAUCUAAAUAAAUUUUUUACAAUUAGAGAAACACAGUUGGCAAUAUGGACGUAA